AUGCCCCGCGCGGAGUCCGGGAACGCCGGCGGUGGAGCUCAGCGCGGCGUGGUCGCCGUCGAUGGCGCCCGCCAGCCCGAGCUCAGGGGUGGACCGGACCUGGGGUGGGUGGGCGUGCGGGAGCGGCUCUGGGGCGGGUACGCGGCGGAGAUCCGCAUCCCGAGCAGCCGCUCCAGGGUGUGGAUCGGCCGGUUUGACCACGCCCUGCAGGCGGCGCUCGCCUACGACGCCGCCAUGUUCCUGUUCUACGGCCAGAAGCUGCCCAAGCUGCGCAGGUACAACUUCCCGGCGACGCCGCGCCCGAACGUCCCCGAGGUCGUGCGCAAAGGGCUCACCGUCGCCAACGUCAAGGCGAUCGCGGAGAAGCACGCCCGGAGCUUCGGCCGCUUCUUUCCGCUUCCACCGCCGCCCGUGAUCCCGGCCGCGGCACCAGCUGCGGCACCGCCGCAGAUGGCGGAGGCUGCUGCUGCUGCUGCUGCUGCUGCUGCCGGCGCAGGGCUUGCUGCACCCCUGCAGGUGCCGCCGGCUGCCGGCGAAGGAGGGGUUGCUGUUGAUGCUACCCCCGUCGUCGGCGCAGGAGCGACCGCCGUCGCCGGUGAUAGGCAUGGCGACGACGAGGUCUACAUAGAUGCUGAGAUCUUGACCGCUGCUGACUGCCAGUUCCCCAGCUACCCGGACGAUGAUUUCAUCGGGUUGCUGGACGUGGACAUGGACCUGAUCUUUAACGAGAUCUGA